UCAACCCCCACUACUAAUAACUGGUUUCAAUGUUUCCUUCUGUUCCUCUCUCUUCUUCCCCCUCCUCCCCUAGAAUGAAAGAGAUUUGGAAAUUGUCUGAGACUGAAAUCCCCGGCGAAUUCGUUGGGAAACAGCAACGAAUUCCGGCGUUCUCUGAGGACGAGGAGGAGGAGGAGCUGUUGUUGGCAGGGUUUUCUGUCGAAGAAGAGACGCUGAUGGAGGUGAUGAAGAUACUGGAGGAGGAGAUAACCAACCCUGGUUAUGCUAAUAAUGGCAACACGACUGCAAACCCUUUAUCGUCGCCGUUCGUGACUAUCAACGGCAACGAAGAGAGCUGUGGACCCUCAUUCUCUGAUUCGUCUUCGACUGUGAUGGCGAGUGUCGAUAUAGGUAGUAUCAGCAGCUCAUACUUCAUGGGCCCAACCAAUGGGUUCCGGUGGCCGGAAGUUAGAGAGGUUUCUGUUUCUUCCAUUUCCGGCGGUGGGAUCAACAUUGAGUGUGAUUGUGAAGUCGGAGACAGUGAGGAUGAGUGGUUGGAUCGUGUCCUUAAUGGAGCUCCUUUUGAGUUUGAUCAGGAGUGGUCUCACGACCCUCCUCAUUCUGGGUUUUAGGUUUUGUGAAGAAGCUCUUCACAUUUGGUUUUUAGAGAAUAGAAUGGAGAGAGAGAGAGAGAGAGAGAGAGAGAGAGAGAGAGAGAGAGAGAGAGAGAGAGAGAGAGAGAGAGAGAGAGAGGCUGUUCUCUUCCUCUUAUUGGGUCUUGUCUGGUUCUGUUUCUUCUCCUUUAACAGAAAUGAAUGAUACAAAUGGUAUAAUGGUUUUCCUUGA